AUGAAUUUUCCAAUAGAAUUUUUGCAUUCACAAACUCCAUCCGGUAUGCCACCUCACAAGCUAACACUUAAGGUUGGUACAAUUGUUAUGCUAUUACGCAACUUGAGCCCAAAGAAAGGACUUUGUAAUGGUACCCGUUUAAUCAUACGACAUUUACAUAUUAAUUUUAUCGACGCUGAGGUAUUGACAGGCACUACUAAGCGUUAUCGAGUUUUUUUCCCACGAAUAGAUCUAGCUCCAAGUGACUCUCAGUUACCAUUUACUUUAAAAAGACGACAGUUUCCUAUAAUUCCCGCUUUUGUGAUUACAAUAAAUAAAAGUCAAGGACAAACUUUUGAUCAUGUAGGCUUAUUCCUUCCUGAGCCCGUCUUUGCCCAUGGAUAA